AUGGUCAAUCAGCAAAAUUUAUUACAAGUGUAUAAGCAAUUGAUAAAGGCAAUUGUCAAAAAUGAUAGAAGAAGUAAAAUAAUCCAAAGAGCGAAUGAAAUUAGCAAAGAGAUAUCAUUGUUGAGUUAUCAAAAGAUCAAUCUAUUGAGACAACCUAGUAAUGAAGAUACUAAGGCUAAAUUGUCUAAAUUAAGAAGUGUUCAAGAAAUUGAUUCAAAAAUUAACAAGCUAAAAGCAGAAGAUCCAAAGUGUGAUAAAAAUAUGCUUUAUAUUUCUAAUAGCAUGAAAACCGACAUAAGAGAAGAUAUGAAAGCAAUUUUGAUAAAAGAAAAUGAUAGACAAAUCAAUCGCAAAUUAAAUAAUUUCAUUGACAUAGCGGCUUUUUUAAAUAAUCAAAGAGAAUAUGAUGAAUUAAUUGAAAGAUAUAACUUAGGAUCAAGAGGUUUAACGCAAGAUGAAGUAGUGAAGAGAACAGCUAAUAAAGUUGGGUUAGAUGUUCCACUAUAG